CUAGAUAACAUUAUUAUAGUUUUAUGCGUUAUACGGCCUUGUUAUUCGCAUUUCGUUAUCUGAGCAUUUGUUUUUGUUAAUGAAAUGUCGCGGGGCGGUGUUGCACCUCCCUAUCGAAUGACGUGAGCACGGAGAGCCUCCGCGGCAAAAAAGCGAACUAACUUCAGUAACGAGAAAUCCGUCGGGAAGCACGCGGGUCUAGCUGGAUGUACCGCGCUCGUCCUCUACAAUGGCUAGUAAUAUUAAGCCGAUGCACAAGACCAAACACUUCCCGAUUGACCAGCUAGUAUGCGUCGGCAACUACGAGUUGGAAAAAACUAUUGGCACGGGCAACUUCGCCAUCGUAAAACUCGCCACACAUUCUAUAACUAAGAGUAAGGUAGCAAUCAAAAUAAUAGACAAAUCGCGAUUGGACGAAGACAAUUUGAAGAAGACGUUUCGGGAGAUAGCCAUCAUGAAGAGAUUACAGCAUCCGCACAUUGUCAGACUUUAUCAGGUUAUGGAGAGCAGUCACACGCUAUACCUAGUCACGGAGUAUGCGCCUAACGGUGAAAUUUUUGAUCACUUAGUUUCGAAAGGUCGUAUGCCGGAAUCGGAGGCAGCGAGAGCGUUCGCACAGAUGGUGGCAGCUGUCGGCUACUGUCACGCUAAUGGUGUCGUGCACAGAGACUUGAAAGCGGAGAAUUUGUUGCUGGACAAAGAUAUGAACAUUAAGUUAGCAGAUUUCGGUUUUAGUAAUGAAUACACAGCCGGUGCUGCGCUGUCCACGUGGUGCGGGAGUCCGCCCUACGCCGCUCCGGAGUUGUUCGAGGGGCGGCACUAUGAUGGCCCGAAGGCUGAUAUAUGGUCCCUCGGUGUUGUUCUUUACGUGCUGGUCUGCGGCGCUCUGCCCUUCGACGGCAGUACUCUCAGCGAGCUGAGGAGUGUCGUGCUCAGCGGCAAGUUUAGGAUACCGUACUUUAUGUCACAAGAGUGCGAGCAGCUGAUCCGACACAUGCUGGUGGUGGAGCCUGAGCGGCGGCUGUCUCUGCGAGGGGUGGCGCGCCACCGCUGGCUGCAGGCGCACCAGCCGGGGCCCGGGCCCGGCAGCUACGACGCGUCGGGCGGCGCGUGCGCGUGCCACGGGCCGCGCCCGCCGGGCGACGCCGCGCUGCACGACGCCGUGCUGGCGCGCAUGCUGGCGCUGCCCGGCCUCGCGCUGCAGCACGUGCAGCAGUCGGUACAAGAGGAACGUUUCGAUCACAUAUCUGCGAUAUAUCAUUUACUUAUGGACAAGUUGCAACAGACAGACGGCGCUACAGACAUGGACAGAGAUUCACUCGACUCCACGACAGGUCGGCCCUUAGAUCUCACUAGUUGUAAGAGUGGUGAAGAGGAACAAAUGGAGGCUGAGGACAUCAGUUCGGGUUCAGAAAGCUUGCAGGCGCCUGGGUACCUCACUGCUGGACAGGGAGACAGCUUCGAGAAGUUCGGGUCGGGCUCGCCGGGCGAGGCCGGGCGGGGCGAGGCGGCGCCGCCGGCCUGCGCGCGCGCACACGACGCGCCCGCCGCGCGCCGCCACACCGUGGGGCCCGGCGACUGCCGCCAGGCACGCGAAUUAUCCGGACGUAAUGUGCCGCACUGUGCCUCGGCACACUUUAGUUGCGGGGCGGCGCCCGCGGCGCUGGCGCAGGCCGAGGUGUCGCUGCUGCCCAACACCAACCUGGCGGCCAAGCUGCCCGCCGUGCAGCACCACCCGCCGCGCUACUGCAGCGUCAAGGACCACCACCUGCUCAAGCCGCCCGUCGCCAUGCAGACGCAAGCGUCGUCGUUCGGGCGGCGCGCGUCGGACGGCGGCGCGCACGUGCGCGCCAGCGACGCGUGCGCCGCGCCCAAGCACCACGUUUCAGACAGCGGGACACCCACGAGGCCAUCGGAUGCUGAACAGACGGAAGAACAAGCCAGUGAUUCUACGUAUAACAAUAAUUUAUGCAGGUACAUGCUGAACCGCGGCAGCAGCAAGCGGCACACCAUGGCCACCCCCGAGGACGCCGCCAGCUCCGCGUGCGCGGCCCCCCCCAUGGCGGCGGCGGGCGGCGCGGCGUCGGCGGCCAGCGUGCGCGUGCGCCGCAGCGGCCUGCUCGCCGUGUCCGAGCGCCCGCCCGUAAUUAGUCCAGAGCUCGUAAUGGAAGUCGAGAAGCGAAUGAAACGAAACUACCUCCCCCCAUCGAUACAAGGGGGCUAUAGUUACCAAAACCAGACCGGUUACCAGAGCCCCCCACCGGCAAACACCCAAAAUCCCCAAGGUUCAAUAACAGCAGGAACACCUAAUUACGCUAAGAAUUCUAUGAAACCAGUCUUAGAAACUAUUCCACAGGGAAGUAUAAUGGGUGCCAAUCAGGCUGUCUCGCCGUAUACCCCAUCUAUGUCUCAAUUUUCACCAACUCACGGGGCUGUUGUUUCACAAACUGGGUCGAUAAUAAGUGGUACUCCCAUGUCCAAUCAGGGAUCAAUCGUUACUGGUACCCCCAUGCAAAGUCAAUCUUUCAACACUCCCAACCAUGGCUCAAUUAUGUCUGGUACUCCCCUAUCUAACCAGAAUUCCAUGGAAACCGGUUCUGUCCAGAACCAACAAAUUAUAACUCCUUCGUUGCCAAACCAAGGCUCUAUCAUGACUGGUACUCCGAUACAAAAUCAGGGGUCGAUCAUGAAUGGCACACCAAUCCAAAACCAAGGGUCUCUUCAAAACCAGAACUUCAAUAAAGCUAUGCAAAACCAGGGGUCAAUUUUAACUGGUACCCCAAUCCAAAGUCAAAAUUUUAGUCCUGGUAACACGUUGCAAAGUCCAGGUUCAAUAGUUUCCGGUACACCAGUUCAAAGUCAGGGCUCUAUAGUUUCCGGUACACCAGUUCAAAGUCAGGGCUCUAUAGUUUCCGGUACACCAGUUCAAAGCCAGGGCUCUAUAGUUACUGGUACACCAGUUCAAACCCAGGGUUCAAUAGUUUCUGGCAUGCCAAUGGACAGUAAGAACUUUGGCACCGGUUUUGGUAACUUCGGCUAUAACCAAACCUUCGGUCCGACCCCAACGAAUAUACCCAGCGGGUCUAUAACCGCUGGCACUCCGGUCAGUGGCAGUGGGUUCAAUCAGAAUCAGUACAGUCGCCACCGGAAGUACUCUGGCCCUCAACGUGUCAAACUGCAAAUGUUGGCAACUGUACAGGAAAUGGCGCGCGAGCACGCGGAGCGCUACUCGCCCGUGCGGCGCGCGGAGGUGUCGCCGCCGCGCGGCGCGCACGACUUGGCCUCCGCCCGCCUGGAGUACCAGCAGCUGCAGCGCGGUCUGGAGCGUCGUUCGGGUGGGGCCGGCGCGGGUGUGGGUGGAGUGGGGGGCGCGUCUCCCCCCGCGGAGCGUCUGCACACGCCCGCCACUUCUGUACCAGGGUCUCCCAUUCAUGCCGGUGCCUCCGCUCCCACGCUGGAUCUGAGCGCCGACCCCGCGCAGGACCUGUCUCUAAAAUUAGGCAUAAAUUUGAACACCUUAUACUCGCCACAACUCUCGCAAGAAGUAUUCAAAUCCAUCCAUUCGUACGGGAGCUACGGGCUGCUGUCCGGACACACCUCCCCCGCCAGCCCCGGCUCCCCCCUCCACCAAAUCACAGAAGGCUUAAGUUAUUUACACACCGGUUCCAUAACCAGAGGAACGCCGCAACCCAACGCAACACCCUUAGAUUUAAGAAGUAAUGUAGAAAUGGAUACGACCUUCCCUCAGCUCCAUCCGAUGGUCCAUCCUCAAAUACACGUAGUGGCUCACAGAUCUCUUAACAAUUCUCCGAUCUCCAACCCCGGAUCACCCCUAGACAUGAUCCAGGAGGAGAUAGGCAAUGGUAGUCAAAAUGGUGACGCUAAAUUUCCCGAAAGGACCUUCCAACUCCAGACCUACGCUUCAACUCAUCCGCAGAUAAGUUUAACAGAUUGUUUAGGAUCAGAAAUCACACUCGUAGCGUCGUCGUCAGAGGACAGCGUGGACAGUCUAGAAAAUUCCAAAUAUCCAUUACCGCAGUUCGUCAUAUCAGAGCCAUCGGACUUGGACGAUCGACCGUCGAUAACCAAAGGUAUAGGUAGAAAAGUUAGCCAGGAGACGGAAUCUAUCGAACUGCCCAAAGACAUAGAAAAUUUAGAUAAGGAUACGGAAAUGCCGUCGCCCAAAGAGAGUGUGGACGAAACGAAUAAAUACUUAACGGAGGAGCUCGCGAGGCGGGGCAGUGAUAAGAGCUUGGGUUUCAGCGACGAUUCCUUGAGCAACGAUUCGGCGGACGCUUCUCCGAAUUGCGAACAAAACGUUCAGUCCAUUUAUUCGAAUAUAGUUUCAAUUAGUUCAGGUUUUAGCGAAAAUAGGGGUAGCUUCUCAGAGCACAGAGAAUCGUUUUCGUUUUCCGACAGGGGUAGUUUCUCAGAACGAGGCGAUUUCGGACGGUCGUCGUUCUCCGAAAAGAGCGACUUUGGUCGAAGCAGCUUUUCAGAAAAGGGGGAGACUCCGAGGUCUUCGUUCUCCGCUCAAGGUGUUCUCGGAGAAGUUAAAGAAUAUUACGAGGAUGUUUACAUGCCUAGAGAUAAAACGUUAGAUAAAUUUGAAGAAGAAAGUCCGCAUGCUAGUGAAAUUGAGAAGCUGCAGCGUUCGACGAUGGAUUUGCGUUUAUCAGAAAUUUGUAGGCCCGACGACCAAAGAAUACCGAUUCUGUUGAGCCCGCAGAAAGUUUCCUGCGUUCAGGAGUACUACGAAGUCGCGCUAUCGACGGUAUGUUCGCAAUUAGAUUCACAAAGGAUAGUAGAGUUGCUGAAAGAAACGAUAAACACGAGGGUGCCCCCCCAAAAUAUUUUCAUCGAAAAAGGCGAUCAGAAAGACAAAACGGAUGACUCUGAAGCACUAACGGGUUUCCUGAACUUGGAAUAUUCUGGCGGUAUUCAGAUAGAACUGGUCGUUUGCGAAAAUAAAGCGAAGGAAAAGAAGGGCUUGAAAAUGAGGCGGAUAUCCGGCGAUCAGCGGGAAUACGGGAAACUUUGCCAGCAAUUGAUCACUAGUCUAACAGUAUAGAUUGAUUUUCGGUAAAUUUUUCCGCAUCGGAAAAGGUAAUUUUUUGACAAGAAUCGUAGUGAUAUUUUCGUGGUCGCUAAGCCUCGGUUCGGUGCUAAGACAGACGCUGUUUUCGUGGCGAUUUUACGACAAAUGAUACAAAAAAUAUAUCACUAUACGUGAAUUAAAAAAUGCACGAUUUCAUAGAAUUUGCCAUUUUUCUUUCUUGUUUGGAUUACGUAUCAGUAAUAAGCUUAAAAGGAAAAAUUGUUCCUUGCAAGUCAGACCAUAAAAUAAUCAAUUAGAAAAAACGCGUCCACAUUAACCUCCUUUUUUGAAGUUGGUUAAUAACAAAUGAAAACGAUAGCACCGUUUAUGAUGUAACUUUGUCGUAUGACGUUAAAAAUGUGAUAAAAAUAGUACCAUAAAUGGGGUCCAGUUUAGAAUUUGGACUGUAAGGCGAAAUUACACAAACUGUAACGAUAUUUAACUCAUAUCAUAACGCGAUUGCGUGCAAUGUCUCGUAAUUAAACAUGAACUUUAUUUUUUGAGCAUUUAAUUGAAUUUCAAAGUUCCAUUCCUCUUCUAUACUUAAUGUUUAAGGAUCGACACCUACUGCUGAUUCCAAUGGCAGGAGUAUUAAAUAAAAAUUGACCUUUGACCUUGAAUUGACGCGAUGUUAUUGGACGAGGUCUUAACGAACAUAUUGAACGCCGGUGAAGGUCUGUAUCAGAAUAGUGUUGGUUUAAUAAGGAUGUAUUAUCAAGAACUGUUUGUUGUGUACAAUAUAGCUGAGCUAUUAGCAAAUCGCAUGGUAUAUUUAAAUCUAAGGUUGUUUAUCUUUACUAGUCAUGCCAUUGGAAUGUAGUUACUAUACAGCUGCGGCCAUACCUUUGCGCUUAAAAACGCCUCGUUCCAUCUCGUUUGCUGUGUUAAAUUCAUUUUAACUUUCAAGUUUGUCUAAAACUUGUAUCGAUCUUGUAUUUUGAACCUAAAUCGGUCCGGAUACGGUUCAAAACAGAUUGACUCUAUGUAAUGUAUAUAAUUUUCUCUGACAUUUCAGAUGUAUUUGUAUAUUAUGUUGAUAAAAAACAAUUGAUUUUAUUUAUUCCAAGAUUUAUUGUACUAUUCCAUAAUAGAUUUUAAUUUAGUUUAAGUUUGUACAUAUAGUUAAGUGAAGUUGUACAAUAUUUUAUAGUUAUUUGAUAAACGAUUCAUUUUUUAAAUUAAAAUCAAGUAAUUACAAAAUGUUGUAAUGUUUCGAUAUGGAAGGCGACGGUCGGUCUCCCUCUCGAUUUCAAUAUAUAUUUUUUUCGUAAUGUUAUUUUUAUACACGACUGAGAUUUUCCGUCGUCUGUCCGUGUCGCUAGUUGAUACGAAUGCCAUGAGUAGUUAGUGUCGCGUUAUCAAAGUUUAAAAAUUUCUUGUAAAUAAUAUUUUAAUAAACAAUUCCGAUUCCAUAAUGUUA